GAUUGAGGCCGCCGGCCUGCAGAGACCUCGAUACAACCAGAUCGAAGCGUCGGCCGCAUGUGCGAUGGACGAGGAGCUGCACUCCUAUCAUGCAGCACAUGGCAUCCACACGCUCGCCUACAGCCCCCUGGGAGGCUCCUACACUCCAAAGCUCCGGGAGCAGCUCCGGACGGCUGGUGCAGUAAGUAGCGUGGCCGCACGCCUCGGGCGAUCCCCGGAGCAGGUCUUGCUGCGCUACGUGGUGCAGCGAUAUGAUGCGGUGGUUCUUCCAGGCGCCUCAUCCGUGAAGCACAUGGUGGCCAACCUGGACCUUUUCCGAUUCGAGCUCUCGAAGGAAGAUGUAGAGGCGAUCUCUACAAGCACUCCCCGUGAGUGCGCAUAUCCAAUGUACCAGCCUGGGCAGAUCCCGUGA